AGGCUGCGCAUGUGCCGGGAGGUUCGCGAUGAAGGGGCUGAGCGGUUAGAGGCAGUGGAGACAGAAGACAACAUUUCUCCAACUGAGGCCCCUUGAUCUUCAAAGAUGGCGAAUGGUAUCACCGACACAGGGGAGCUCUACUCUCCUUAUGUCGGUCUGGUUUACAUGUUCAACCUUAUCGUUGGGACGGGAGCCCUCACCAUGCCCAAGGCCUUUGCGACUGCCGGCUGGCUCGUCAGCCUCAUUCUCUUAAUGUUCCUGGGCUUCAUGAGCUAUAUGACCACAACCUUUGUGGUGGAGGCCAUGGCUGCUGCAAAUGCCCAGCUCCAUUGGAAGAGAAUGGAGAAGUGCAAGGAAGACGACGAGGAUGAGGAUUCUUCCUCUGGGGUUUCGGAUAAUGACGUUCUCCUCCAAGAUGGCUACGAACGAUCAGAGACGCGGCCUAUCCUGUCAGUUCAGAGACGUGGCUCACCCAACAUCUUUGAAAUCGUGGAGAGGGUGGAAAUGGGCCAGAUGGCCUCCAUGUUCUUCAAUAAAGUUGGUGUGAACUUGUUCUACUUCUGUAUCAUUAUCUACCUCUACGGGGACCUGGCAAUCUAUGCAGCAGCCGUACCUGUCUCUCUCAUGCAGGUGACCUGUAGCGUGACUGGCAACCACUCCUGCAGCGUUGGAGAUGGCACAAAGUAUAACGAUACGGACAAAUGCUGGGGCCCCAUCAGGCGGAUCGAUGCUUACCGACUCUAUCUGGCAGCAUUUACUCUCCUGCUGGGUCCUUUCACCUUCUUUAAUGUGCAGAAGACCAAGUAUCUUCAAAUCAUGACGUCCUUGAUGAGGUGGAUAGCAUUCAUCAUCAUGAUUAUUCUGGCCCUAAUCCGCAUCGGCAAGGGCCAGGCAGAAGGUCACCCAUCUAUGGCAAACCUCUCGGGGAUCCAAAAUCUCUUUGGGGUGUGUGUCUACUCCUUCAUGUGUCAGCACUCUUUGCCAUCGCUCAUCACUCCAAUCUCCAAGAAGAAGCAUGUGAACAAGCUUGUGCUGCUCGAUUACGUCUUAAUUCUGGGUUUCUACAGCCUCCUGUCCUUCACCGCCAUCUACUGCUUCCGCAAUGAGACCCUUAUGGACAUGUACACGCUCAACUUCACCAACUGUGACAUCAUCAACAUUGCCUUCAUUCGCUACUUCCUGGGUCUUUUCCCUGUCUUCACCAUUAGCACCAACUUCCCAAUCAUCGCUGUGACUCUGCGGAACAACUGGAAGACCCUCUUCCACCGGGAAGGUGGGACAUAUCCAUGGGUGGUAGACAGGAUUGUCUUUCCGGCAAUCACUCUGAUUCCCCCUGUGGUGGUGGCCUUCUUCACCCAUGACUUGGAGUCCUUGGUGGGUAUCACUGGGGCUUAUGCUGGCAAUGGGAUCCAGUACAUCAUUCCAGCUUUCUUGGCAUACUGUAGUCGAAAGGAUACUCAGUUGGUCUUUGGUAGUGGUACGGUAAACAAGCAUCUGUCCCCUUUCCGGCACACCUGCUGGAUCGGGUUUGUGCUGGUCUGGGGUUUUUCUUGUUUAGUGUUUGUGACUGCAAAUAUCAUCCUGAGCGAGCCAAAACUCUGAUGGGGCAGUUGCACUCUCCUCCCUGGGAUCCAAGAUUUCAACUCUCACUGUAAGACUCAGGUUAGUGUAGGGGAGGACAGAAAACCAAGUCUUUCUAAGCAAUCACCUUGUCAAUGCAGGUUUGAUGAGGACACGAGGAUUUCCUUUACACCGUUACCGUCACAGGUGACUUGCUCAACUCCUUUCAGUUCUGAUCUGCAGACUCGUUAUAUGAAGCCAUGGGCCUGCGCUCUUGGAAGGCUGCAUGGUAAAAGAGCGUCUGACCAUUUCUGCCUUGAGCUCUGGUACAGAGCAUCUUCUUCUCCGUCCAGGAGUAGCCCCCUUAGUGCUGUGGACUUCAACAGGAGGCUGUUCCUCCUUCACCCACUCCUCCUGAGAGCAGAGUGAGUCUCUCUGCCAGAAGUGGGGAACCAGGAUAGCUGCUAACAGAAUCUGAUGGCAGGCCCACUGUGUUAGCAGAGUCCCCCUCCAUCCCACUGAAGUUGCAAACUUUUGCCUACACUAACAGCUAUCUUAGUGUCGAGGUGGGGAGUAAGGAUGGGGAGAGGAUAGAGGAAGGAGCAGUGGUCGUCUUGGAUGUGACGACUAGGCUGGUUACCAAUUUGUUCUCCAUUUGUUACUCCCUUGGCCUUUUUAUUUGUCCUGUGCUCUAUGGGAUGCACGCGUAGACUCAAUGGGUCUGGGUUAGUUUUUAUCUGUUAUUAAUGUUCACUACUAGCGGUUUUCUGGUUGUCUUCUAACACUCCCUUUGGAGGCCAAACUAGCUGCUUAAGGCUCUGACUCCCAGCUUCUUUCCCCCUUCAUUACUACCCCUCAGCUACCCACAGUGGAUGCCAGCGCACUAAUUGGGCAGGCCCUGCUCGUGCUGGAUAACCAUAUUCCUCAGCAGAGGAGUUAAAGUGGGAAGCCUGUCUUUCCCCAGCUCUUUGGCACUGCUAAGUGGCCUCAGCUGCCAGAGCAGACCUGCUUUUCACAAGAACACUGGUGCAAUAGGGCAGACCCCAUCUACAACGGUCGGGAUCCCUGUAUGCUGGAAGGUGCUAAUUACCCCUUCGUGCUGCGCAUUAGACCUGCAAGAGCUCUUGCUGUGCAUCCUGCCGCAUUUCCAGUCUCCAGCGCUGGGUAAUUAGGCUCAAAAGGAGCUGGGUGUUAAUUCAAGAGGAGAAAGCUGGUGCUAAGUGGAGAAUGCAACAUUGUGCUGUUUACUGUGCCUGUUUCAUUGCUGAGAGAGAGCUUGCUGGUAUUAGGGAGGGGAGAGAGGGUAAGAUGGACUAGGUGUCCCAAAAGCCAUCAUCCUACUUUUAAAGCUGUCCCUGUGCUUCAGGUUAAGAGUGUUUCUUGUCGCUGCUUUUGAGACAGGGUUUGAAUUAUUCACCCUCCAAAAACUCAGCACAGACGUCUCCAAGAUCGGAGGCUGAUGAAUGUUUCGGUGCCUGCUGGUGAGCUGCCUGUUUUAUUGGACAGUGUGGCUUGCCCUCUUGAUCUGAGGCUGCUGCUGGCCUCUAACACUACAAAGUGACUUACAGUUUUGACUGCAGCAGUCUGAGGAUCUUGGUUAAAGGUCAUAAAAGCUUUAAUAACAGAAGGAAGAACUAUCACUGUUGAAACAUUUUUAACCUGAAAUAUUUUAAAGCCCCCUUCCUCCACCCCAUGGUCUUAAACCAAGUUGAAAGCUGGCUGCCAAGCUUGGGUAAUACCUAUGCUUGCCCCCUGUACUGCUGCUAUAUUAAAUGUCACUUCUCACCAAGUGAGCUCUGAAAUGCAGGCUCUUCUUAAUCAAGUGUUGUUUUUCAAGUACAAUUUCCUAGCUUCCGCAUACCCUGAAACACUUCCUGCCAUGGGAAUAUUCAAGUGGUUGGGGCUGCAGAAAAGCACUGGUUUUUUUUUGGUUUUUUUUUUUUCCUUCAGCAAAAAAUAAAAAUAUCCUUCAGCCCUGAGACAUGAAGAUGUCCUUGGUGCAGUACAUAAAGCAGGAUCUGCUGAUGGGGCAAGGGGAGUCUGUGGCAAUCCAAUAAACCUGACUGUCCCUUACCUCCAGAUGGCUCAUAAACUUAGUUUGGCAGCCCUUACUGGCACAUUGGGUAGGUACCUGGGUGGCUUUGACUGCUACAAAAAAAGCUGCUGUGGCUCCUUCAGGGCCAGGUUACUGAGUGGUUGGAGAGAGGGUAUUAUUGAGGUCAGAGUCCUAUUCUGGGUUAAGAGAGUGAAAGCCCAUACGCCAGCUUGGAGGUCAAAGGCACCUGCUCAGUUUGCUUGUUCUUGUGGCUUGUACAAAGUCUGAAAGGCAGGGAUGGGAUGGAUCACAGGCACUGUUGUAGGCCAGGCUGGGCCAUCCUGUUCUCAUAUGCUCAGGGCUGGCCAAGGAAGUGAUAGCUUUUGUAUAUGGCUAGUGACCAAAAUGAUCCCAUGAAAUAAGUAAAAGCACCAGGUGGCACGAGGCCCCUCUUAGUGUGGGCACAGCUGGCCUCUCUCGCACUCCAAGGCCAUCUCCAUGAGCCUGUUCCUUGAGUCAACAAGCUGAGUCUCUUGCAUUGUAUCUUGCUGACAGCACCAGGACACACUGCAUCCUCAAGUGUCUGAGCAAAUGGAUAAACUUCAUUCUUUCCUCUGCUUCCAGCACUGUCAAAUACUCAGAGACUCUCUUUCCACCCCCCUACACGCACAGUCUUUGGCCUGGACAACUGCCAGAAACCCAUCUCUCUCGAGAGCUUUCCACGGUACAGGAGCAAACUUCGAGACCAGUGUGUCGGGCAGAAGCUGUUUGCGUACAGCAGGAUGAGCAGGCAACAUAACCUGUCUCUGAUCUCCUGGCAAGCUCCGUCUAGGACUCUAGUGACCCCCUGACUGCCAAGUUCGACCUUUUUAGUCUGAACGGGUUUGACUGUACAUGGCAAAGCACAAAAGCAUGUACACCCUCUUUGUACUGGAAACCAGUAGGUCACAUUGGACUGGGACCGAAACAGCUUGCUUCUCUUCCACUAACCUCACCCUGCGUGGCCAUGUGGGAUUCCACAGCUGGCCGCCUGCUGAAAGGGAGAUUAUUUUUAACCAGCUCUUAUACGAAAUGUGCCUUCUCUUCUCUGGCUUGGAUUAUCCCCUCUCCUCUUGUUAAAUCUCUUUUUUUUGAAUGUUGCACAAGGGCAGUUUCUAAGGGAUCUUGAUACAAACUGUGAACUGGUGGCAUAAACCAGCCUUGAUUUAACGGUGCAGCGAGGUCUGCCUUCCUUGCUACAUUAUGGAAGAAAGGCCUCUAAGGUCAUUUAACCUUGGUGUCUUUUGAUGGCACCCAACUGGAAGAGCUGUCGUCCUUAUGGAUGAAGAUGAUAGAUGUUGGUAAGAUUUUCUGGACACCUGCCAUCCUUGAACAGCAAAAGAAUCCGCUAUAGGAAUUGGGACUAUUUAUAGGAGAAAUUCUGCCGGGGGGGGGGGGGAUGGAAAUAUUUAUAGCUGAAAACAUGAAAAAGAAAUACCUUAAAAAGUUGAAGGGAGGGUUAGAUGGAUCGAGCUAGAGCAAGUCGCUCAGUUUGAUUGGGCUCAUUGACAACAACCAGGGAGAUAAUCAGUCACUGUCCUGGCUCAGUGUGGUGCAAAAGCUCGUCUCCUCCUGUCCUAUUUAAGAAUGAAAUUAUAUUUUUAAUUGGAUAUUAUAUACUCUAACAGUCCAUUAUUAUGGAUCCUCACCGUGGUGCACUCUCAGCUUGUCCCAAUGUAAUUAUUUUUGGAGGGGAAAAAAAGCAUAACAAAUAAAUGCACAUUAUACAUC